CUUCGAGUUGUUCGAGCGGUUGCUGUUCCAGGAGGCCUGCUGCAAAUCUUCCUAUUUAUGUGCCUGUGUGGUAUUACAGCCUCAUUAUGUGGUGGUAAAGUUUCCGAAGGGAUAUUCGUUGGUGUGUUCCUUUCUAUGUCUUCAACAGCAGUGGUGUUGAAAUUUUUGAUGGAGAAAAACUCUACUAAUGCCCUUCAUGGCCAAGUUACCAUUGGCACCCUUAUUCUGCAGGAUUGUGCUGUGGGUUUGCUGUUUGCUUUGCUUCCAGUUCUAGGUGGGACUUCGGGUAUUCUUCAAGGAGUGAUAUCUAUGGCUAAGUUGAUGGUGACAUUGAUUACAUUUUUGGCUGUUCUAUCUAUAUCAUCUCGUACUUGUGUUCCUUGGCUACUUAAGCUGAUGAUAAGCUUAUCUUCACAGACCAAUGAACUCUACCAAUUGGCAUCAGUUGCAUUCUGCUUGCUUGUUGCCUGGUGUAGUGAUAAGCUGGGACUAAGUCUAGAACUGGGUUCCUUUGCUGCGGGAGUGAUGAUAUCAACAACUGAUCUUGCUCAACAUACACUAGAACAAAUUGAACCCAUCCGCAACCUUUUUGCUGCUCUUUUCCUUGCUAGCAUCGGGAUGCUGAUCCAUGUUCAAUUUCUCUGGAAUCAUGUUGAUAUAUUACUAGCGUCUGUUAUAUUAGUUAUCAUCAUAAAAACAAUUAUCAUCACCAUGGUUGUCAAGGGAUUUGGUUACAACAACAAAACCUCAUUUCUUGUCGGAAUUUCUCUGGCACAGAUAGGCGAAUUUGCUUUUGUGCUUCUAAGUCGUGCCUCUAAUCUCCAUCUAGUUGAGGGGAAAUUAUAUCUCCUGCUUCUUGGAACCACAGCCCUUAGUCUGGUGACCACUCCUUUUCUAUUCAAGCUAAUCCCUGGUUUAGUGCAUCUUGGUGUGCUUUUAAGGUGGUUCCCUCCGGACGGGGCUGUUGAGAUUGGGUUUAAAGGAGAUAACCUUCGCUCAGAUAGUGGUAAACAGCGCGUUAUUUUGAUGGUCCGAGAAUCACAUGAUUCGUGAUCUCUGUAUAGUUGAAACUGUAAAGGCAAUCUCCGUUUUACCCAACAUGUUUUGCUCCAGCCACAUUUGGGGAGUGGGUGCUUGUGGAGUUGAUAAGAGAAUUGAACUGUUUUCUUCACUUCUCAUACAAAUCUACUCGGGAGUAAUUUUCUGUUUCACAUUACUGGCCUAAUCAACCGCUCAAAUCGAGCCUCAGUAAUGGAAGAACAGGAAAGAGACUAUCUAACUGCUGAAAGAAGUUAACACAUAAUGCUUUACCUAUAACAUUCAUUCUUUGCGCCAGUGAUUUAUUCUUUUGGAGUUGUAACAUAAUUUUGCGUCUUGUAAUUUGAACUGAAAUUUGUAGUUCAUAUGUUUCUUUUUGUCCGGGAAGUGUAGAAUUUUGGAUAUUUCUAGUAAUGUCUAUAUCAUACCUCCUCCAUGCCUUCUCUUUCAGA